UCUCCCCUCCCCAAACUUUAAUAAAAAAAAAAAAAAUGGGUAGAACAAAAUCUGUCCCCGUACUACAUGUAGUGCUCUUGCUCUCAUUCUUCUUCUUCCGCGUCCAUUCCAAAGACUAUAUGCUGUAUAUCAUCAAUCAGCUCCCUACUGUGAAUGACGUGUUCACAUGUGAUUGCCAUUCAGAAUCUGGGCGCAAUAGUGGGGCCCAAAACGUCACAAGAGGUUCGUACUUUGAGUGGCCAGUAAAAAACUUAAAAGUUCUGAAUGCAGUGUUCUGUAACUUUACGUGGGGUUCCAAACAUAUGAAAGAUGUUACGUUAAUACCAGUAGAUAAAGCCGUGUUUACUGCCACUGCUCGCCCACAGAAAUACUGUGUUAAUUCUUCCGACGACGGAGUGAAACUCUUUUACUUUGUUAGGUCUGAUGCUAUGUACUUCUCUCGUGUGGAUGAUUCAGACUAUGCCCGUAAAUAUUCAAAAUGGGACUGAUUUGUUUGACUGAAGGAUAAGGAGACGGCAUUUUUCUUUCAACAAAUCUUUACUUCUCCAGAGGUUUAGUUAUUCGCAAUAAUUUGGGAUUGGAGUCUACUUGAUUCGACCUCUUUAUAUAGAGGUUGAACUAAAUCAGGAGUUUUAUAUAACAACGAAGAAGCAAGCUUUGGAACAAUGAGUCAUUUUGAAACAAU